CAUUACUGAAAGUAUAACUAUUUCUUCUACUAAAACCAUAACUACUGAAGUUACUAAUUACAUAAGUGUAUCAAAUUAUUUUACAAUUACUACUACAGAAUAUACAACAGAAACUGAUAUCACCACCACAAUGAUAAAACUUUCAUUAAUAACCAUAACUGAUACUAGUUCUGUCUUGAGUACUUCAACUUCAAUCACAUUUACAACAGAAACUUCAAUCUUUUUCACAACAACUGUGAUUUCCACUAGUACAGUUACCUUAAUAGAAGACAAUAUAGUAACCAUAACUUUUACAUGUACUGAAACCAUAAUAGAACCUUUGACCAAUAUUACCUCAGUUACUUUGACUUUAUCAGAAACUGUUUUCAUUACUAAAACUACUAUUUAUCUGGAAUCUACCACCAUCACUGAAAAUUUUAUAACAACUGAAAUUGAUAUCAACACGCAAACUAUCACUUUAAUAAGUUCGACUACAUCUACAUCAACUUUAAUUCUUACAGUAAUCGAAGCAACAGUUACGACAACUACUAUCAAUGAGCUAUUCACUACACAGAUGACUGAAAUUGAAAUAUUAACUGAAUCCACUUCUUCCAUAUUAACUAAAUUAUCAACUAUAUUCACUACUGCCACUACAACAGAAACAUCUACUUUAAAAUCAACAGACACAAAAACUGAUCACACACUAACUCACCUCACAACUGUCAGCAUGACUGCUGUGACAACUGAAGUAGAAACUUCUACACAUUACAUCUCGGAAACGUAUACAUCAAGUGAAGCUUCUAUAGUCCCUCAUAUUGGAACUGAAACUUCCAUAGAAUAUACAACUUCAAAUGAUGCAAUUACCAGUUGCAAGAAUUACACUGAAACUAAAACAACUACUACUUGUAGCACUACUUUCUAA